AACUAAAGUACCAAACCAUGCAUGCAACUGACCUAGUUGAAUUGGACUGCAGCAAACUUAUGUCUUUGUUGCCUUGUUGGUGUAAUAGAUUCCACUCAUCCUAUCUUUAAAUUUCCUUCAUUAAUCGUAAUUAUACAAGGCAGUACUAUUUUCUGCAACAUUACUGUAAAGCCCUUGUGAGUUGUGAUAUCCAAGCCCUGACAUGUAGUAGGUCUCCUAUAACUAACCAUUACACAGUUUACACUCAUCUACCUAUUCACUCCACUCCACAAAUGUCAAUGUACCUGUACGUGCCAUUAAUAUCUCAUCCCUCCUCUCAUGUUGUUAUAUCCCAGUUGCCCAUCUCUCAUCAUCUUGAAGCUUUGCCACUAGCCACUGACACAAGAUAAAGGAGUAUAAUGGCAUGCAUAUACGUUCCAUGGCUCUUGUUGACACAAAUUCUACUACAAGUAGCAAAACAUGAGGCCAAGGUUCCAGCCAUUAUUGUGUUUGGAGACUCGUCUGUGGAUUCAGGAAACAACAACCAGAUUUCGACACCCUUGAAGAGCAAUUUCAAGCCAUAUGGGCGCGAUUUUGCUGGCGGUCAACCCACAGGAAGGUUCUCCAAUGGUCGUGUUCCUCCGGAUCUCAUCUCUGAGGCUUUCGGGCUGAAACCCUCUGUUCCUGCUUACUUGGAUCCCAAGUUUGGGAUUUCGGAUUUUGUCACUGGUGUUUGCUUUGCUUCUGCUGGAACCGGCUAUGACAAUGCUACUUCUGAUGUACUGAAUGUUAUACCUCUGUGGAAAGAAGUGGAGUACUACAAGGAGUACCAAAGCAAAUUGAGAGCCUAUGUUGGCCAUCACAAGGCAAGAGAAAUUUUGACAGAGGCUUUGUACUUGAUAAGCUUGGGAACCAAUGACUUCCUUGAGAACUACUACACGAUUCCUCGCCGGCGAGCCCAAUUCACAGUCCAGCAGUACCAGGAUUUCCUGGUGGAACUUGCUGAAAAUUUCCUGAGGGAAAUUUACAGUCUUGGAGUCAGAAAAAUUUCCUUAACUGGGGCACCUCCUAUGGGGUGCUUGCCCUUAGAGAGGGCCACAAAUUUCAUGAAUAAUCAUGAUUGUGUGGAGGAAUAUAACAACGUGGCUGUGGAAUUUAAUGGGAAGUUGAUCAACAUGGUAGCAAAACUAAAUCAGGAGCUUCCAGGCUAUAAAAUUCUAUUUACAGCAAAAGUAUAUCAGCUCUUCUAUCAAAUCAUUAGAAGCCCUUCUUCAUAUGGAUUUGAUGUUGCUGAAGUGGCAUGUUGUUCUACUGGGACAUUUGAGAUGAGUUACCUCUGCAACGAGGAUAAUCCAUUUACAUGCACAGAUGCAAGUAAGUAUAUAUUUUGGGAUGCCUUUCAUCCUACAGACAAAACAAAUCAGAUAAUAGCUAACUAUUUGAUUCCAGAUCUUCUAAAAUUGUUCAAUUGAUUUUUUUUUUCUUUCUCAAGAAAAAAAAAAUGCUUUCACAUUUUGCUGUAGAAACUAGAAGGCGUGGUGUGAUGGCUCUGAGAUUUUAUUAUUUUAUGUGUUAUGUAACGACUCUAAUAUAUAAUAUAGUGUUUAAGUGUACAAUUAUCUGAUCUGAUUGUUUUAUUACACUAAGCUUUAACUUUAAAUGUAUGAAGUAUGAACUGAUAUUUAUACACGAACUUCGGUGAAUUGGAGUACGUUUGGCCAAGGAAACCAAGGCUAGGAACGUUUUGAUCCAAUGAUUUUUUUCGUUUUUGCUCUAUGAGAGAACGAUUGUAUCUCGAUGAAACAAUACAUCAAUGGGAAGUUAGUCGAUCGAGAGGUUAAUUUUUUUCUGUUUUUUGUUUUAACUGAAGCAAGGUGAGGGAAGAACUCCCUGACACCCCAAAUUUUAUUAGAGAAGAAGAAAAGUUACAAGGUAGGGAACUAAGUCAAAACCUCUACAAACCAUAUAAAACAACAAAGAAAAUAAUCUAAUGAAAUAUAUACUUAUAAAGACCCAAGCGGUCUUCAUUACAAUUCGAAGCAAUGAUGAUUCAUAUCUUACAGCACAAAGCCAGUAAUACUAUAUUGGCUAAUGCAUCUGCAACAUGAUUUUCUUCGUGAAAUAUAUGAGAUGAAUAGAAAAGCAUUUGAGAAAUAGGAAACAAAAAAUUAUUCCAUUAAACUUGAAGUUGUCAAGGCACCAAAAAAUGAGAACAAAUAAAGUCAAGAAUAAGAGAAGAAGCAACUUCU